CGAGUUGCACCGAGUAAUGUGCUACGUAACGUCCUGUGGAAAUUCCCACUUACUAACAGGAAAGGAUAAUGAAAGGAAGAAUUGCGAAGUUUAUGUUCAUACAGUUCAUCAAAUGAUUGCUGAAUGAUUGUACCAUAAUUCAUUUGAUUUGGCAGUACAGAAAAGAAAAAACAAAAAUGGCUUUAAGAGACCCAGUAAACACUCAGCUAUCAGUGGAUUCUGAUCCAGUGGCUCCACUAGACAGAUAUGUAGAACAAAAUCACAUAAUAAGUCUCAGUAGCAGAAAUGAUGUUUCAGCAGAUGCCAUGGCCGGACCCCAAGAUGCACGUAGAAGAUCAACAAGGGAAUUGAAAGCAGAUGCAAAAGAAGCCGCCCAGCACGAUAUUGAAAAAUUGCCAGCAAAGUCUUCUUCAGGUAGUCGAUCAAGAAAUGAAUUGGAUCAAAUUGAAUCAGAAAUAUAUAAAAGGGUGGAUAGUUUAAACCUUUCAAAAGGACGGGACAGCAGUUAUAGUUCAAUGAGUUCUAUGGAUAGUUUAAGCUGUAGUAGUAUGCCGUCUGCUGAUUGGGAGGAAGAGUUAAAACAAUAUGAAAAUUCCAUGCCACCUGAUAUUCGACUGGAAUAUAUUGAUGUACUGAUUCUGUAUUGCGAGGAAGAUCGCAAGGAGGCGCAAAAGUUUCAAAAACACUUGAGAGAGGAGAUACCUUUGAGCAAUGGUCCGAUAAAAACAUUGUUGUAUGAUGAUUCUGAAAUGCAGGCAAUAUCUGCAUCAAUGAUAGGUCAUCUAGAAAAGGUGGUUCAAAGAAGCACUUAUGUUUUUAUAUUCAUGACUAAAAACUUUAUAGACGAUAAAUGGUGCGAGUUUUCUAGUGAAAGUUGCCUAAUGGAGGCGAUUACAAAUCCACUUAAGCAAUGGUGUGUAGUGCCAGUAUAUACAGAAAAACGUAAUACAUCUUUCAGGGUCCCAAUGGGGCUAAAUACAUUAAAAGGUAUUAACUACUACAACAAUGAUAGAUUUUAUAAAAAUGGUGUGGCAAGAUUGAUUGGUGAUAAGAUAUAUGUCCGGAUUAAAGCAAAUGAAGAGCAUAAAAUAAAACAGAAAAAAUGGUUGGAAGAACAUAAGAGGGAACAAGCAGUAUUGAAAGAGAAGCAACGAAGAGUAGAAGAGACUCAAAAAGCUAUGACACAACAAUUAUUAGAUUGGCUCGACAAGGAAACUAGGAGAUUAAUUCAUGCUGGUAUCCUGCCCGACUUUUUACCCCACUCCAGUUCUGAAAGUGAAAUAUCCAGUCAUGCUUCAUCUAUACCGCACUCUUCAAGUUCAAACAGCCUAAAACCAAUUCAUCCACAAUCUCCAGCUGUAGCGGCAUACUUCCAGGACCUGCUUGCUCAACAAAAACAAUAUAACUGGAACUCAAAUAAUUAUUCUCCCCAACAAGUUCGAAUAAUAGAACAAGUCUAUGGUGGCCCAGGCACGCCAAUCUAUAGCCCACCUGUGAUGAAUGCCUCCCAAGGUCAAGGUUAUGGGCAUUUCCCGCCUGGUCCCAGCUCUGCAUCAUAUAACCAAAAUUAUCAUCAUGUGAAGCGAAGCACUUCUCAGACCAGUGCAGAUAUGGGACCAUCAGCAGAAUUUGUACUUCGUACAGAAACUGGUGAUUUUCCUGUCUCAGUGCCUUCUGUGUUGAUUGAUAAAAUUAAGAAUGAACCAGAAGAUAAAAAACAGAUGUUUGUGAUACAAUACUUGGAAGAAUUUCGUAAACAACAACUGCAGGUUAAUCAAUCAGAAGUUGCUUCUCAAAACAGAGCAGCAUCAAACCCAGGCAGCAGAUCACAAGAAGUCCCAUAUAAUUCACAGACACAGUCUAACCCUGGCAUUUUACUUCCAAAUUUUCAUGAUCUGUCAUUGCACAGUGAUAGAACUUCUAUUCCUGCCAACUCGAGUAUUUAUUCACAACCAUUACAGACUGGUGUGUCAGGGCAUGAUAUGUCCAGUCAGAAUCCAACAAGACCGAGUCUGCGUAGUAAUUAUAUGGACGGAAACAGUAGUAAUUUUCCAGGUGGAGGAAACAUACCAAACCAAAGUCUUCUUGAGCAAGAUGCUGGUUCCAGUCUUGAAUCAAGUAGGAACCAGUCCAUGUCUUCCAGACAGGAACAUGUUUAUCAGACAGCAAAAAGUACAGUUAAAGAGACCCAGUCUGAUUCUGGUUCUGAUGAUGAAUCUCCAAAAAACAAGAAGAAGAGUAAGGGAAAAGGAAAACAAGUUGUACAUAUCCACAAGACGUACAUUUAUCAACCUGGAACAGUUCAGAUAGGAGAUCAUAAUGUGGUACAAGAACAGGGCAUAGAACAAGAGAAUAGUGAAGGAGAAGAUGGGGAGAGUUUCUCUAAGGUUUCACAGUUACCAUACACUGACACCAAGACCAUGAACACAGAUAAUCAACACAACAGCAACUCAGAGGAGAAGCAGAAGAUGAAGAAAGUAGAGAUAGAGACUGGGUCUGAGACCCAUGGAGAAAUGCAAGACCAACCAGGCUCCUCUGGUGCAAGUAGCUCGUGUAAUGUUGAUGCAGCACCAUCUACUGUGAACAAAUUACAUUCAACCAUCUCAGAGAAAUAUCCUGCAACACAAAAAAAGUCAACACCCGGGGGGCUAAAAAUGAAAGAAGAAAUAGAAGAGGCACAGGAAGUUUUUCCUGAUGAGAAAAACAUUGAUAGUGUAUUUAAUUCGGUGAAAAAAUUUGAGAAUAGCUCAAAAUUUGAUGAAAGUUGUGAACAUGGAAUGGAAGACAAGAAUUCACAAUUUGAAGGAAGUGUAAAUUUUAACAGUUCUUCUUCAGAAAAAUCAAGUUCUCUCAAAAGAAAGGAAAUACCAACAGGGGAGAGUACUCCCAUGAAACAGACUGGUUCACCUAGACCUGUGGCUGCAGUUUCACCAUUCAGUCCGAAGGUAAACGACGAUGACAGUGAUGAUAAUUGUGACAAUACAGACCCUAAAACUGUAGUUCACAGCAAAUUAUCAGGUACCAGUGAGUCAGUAUUAAGACAAGGAGAAGAUACGGAACAGACAUAUGUAAAACUGGCAUGGCAACCCACCAGUCAAAAACAAACAGAACAAUUCCAGAGAAAUUCUCCUGUACAGCUAUUAACAAAAGCUCGUGUUUCGGAUAACUCGUCUAAUGGUGCUUUCACAAGGGCAAAGUUUACUGAUCCUCAGAACUUGUUUUUCAGCAAAAAUAAUGCAUGUAAAACUGUGUAUCAUCAUGAGGAGGGAAAGUCUGGUAAACUGAGGCAGGAAGUUACACUUGGUACCGAUCCUUUGUCCCGGGAAACUCAAGAAGGUAUGGUAGAAAGUUAUGGAACGCCUGUAUAGUGUUAUGGUAACACUCUGUUUUAAGGUAACAGUCUAAAAAAUCCUGCAUAAAGCACAACUAAAACACU